AUGCCCAACGGCUUCUGCCCAAAGGCACAUACGGAGAUUAUGAGAACAACUGCCCGUGGAUACCGUACAUACAACUACUUGACAUUGGAUUCACGUGAUGCGCACGAUGAAGCGCGCGUUUUUGGGGACCACGACGGGGAUACGGAGGAGACAACAUUUCCAGAGCUUCAACAACUCCCCGUACACAACUUUAUCAUCUACCCUUGGACCGCUGGAUUUGCUCACCCCACAAAAUUCAUCAUGACUUCCAUCGGUACGGGUUAUGAUCUCACGAAUUCGGUCUUCUCGCCCGACGGACGGAAUUUCCAAGUCGAGUAUGCAGUCAAGGCGGUAGAGAACGGCGGAACCUCGAUUGGUAUCCGGUGCAAAGAUGGUGUUGUGCUUGCAGUUGAGAAGAUCAUCACCAGCAAGCUGCUGAAAGCCGAAGCGAACAAGCGCAUUGCUACAAUCGACCGACAUAUGGGCGCAGUUUCCUCAGGCCUCGUACCAGAUGGACGUCACUUCGUGUCCCGCGCUCGCGAUGAAGCUGCAGCCUGGCGAAAAACUUACAAGACGCCAAUCACGACCAAGGACCUCGCAAGCAGAAUGGGCGGAUACAUGCAAGCAUACACACUCUACUCCUCCGUCCGACCCUUCGGUGUGACGGCGAUCGUAGGAGGCUGGGAUUCGGAGCUCGAGCUACCCGUCGACGGACAAGUAGGCAGCGGCCCAUCAAUCGGCUCGGGGGGACAGGUCGAAGGCAAGAAGUACGGCGGUCCGGGUCUCUACAUGAUCGAGCCUUCCGGGCUGUACUGGGGAUACUACGGCGCUGCUACUGGAAAGGGACGUCAGACUGCCAAGGCCGAGAUGGAGAAGUUGGAUCUGGCUGCGGGAAAGCUGAGCUUAUUGGAUGGUGUCAAGGCAGCCGCGAACAUCAUAUACGUUGCGCAUGCUGAUAACAAGGACAAGGAGUUUGAGCUCGAGAUGACAUGGAUCAGCAAUCUCGAAGGGCCGACGAAGGGAAGACAUGAAGAGGUGCCAAAGGAGUUGUUGGAGGAGGCUGAAAGAUUAGCAAAGAAGGCGCUAGAGGGCGAGGAUGAUGAAGAUGAGGCUGAGGCUGAGAAGCCGGCGGAGGAAGACAAGAUGGAGGAAUAA